GCGCACUGCUACUGCGGCCACCAGUUCGGCCAGUUCGCGGGGCAGCUGGGCGACGGCGCCGCCAUGUACCUGGGCGAGGUGUGCACGGCGGCCGGCGAGCGCUGGGAGCUGCAGCUCAAGGGCUCCGGCCCCACGCCCUUCUCCAGGUGGGCGCCCCCUCCAGGUGUGCUGCGCUCCAGCAUCCGCGAGUUCCUGUGCAGCGAGGCCAUGUUCCACCUGGGCGUGCCCACCACGCGCGCCGGCGCCUGCGUCACGUCGCAGUCCACGGUCGUGCGCGACGUGUUCUACGACGGCAACCCCAAGCACGAGCCGUGCGCCGUGGUGCUGCGCAUCGCGUCCACCUUCCUCAGGUUCGGGUCCUUUGAGAUCUUUAAGCCUGAGGAUGAGCACACGGGCCGUGCAGGCCCCAGCGUGGGGAGAAAUGACAUCCGAGUACAAAUGCUGGACUAUGUGAUCAGCACCUUCUACCCUGAAAUCCAAGCCUCUCACGCCAGCGACACUGUGCAGAGGAAUGCCGCCUUCUUCCGCGAGGUGACACGUCGCACGGCCCGGAUGGUGGCUGAGUGGCAGUGUGUCGGCUUCUGCCACGGCGUGCUCAACACGGACAACAUGAGCAUUGUGGGGCUCACCAUCGACUACGGGCCCUUUGGCUUCCUGGACAGGUACGACCCCGACCACGUGUGCAAUGCCUCUGACAACGCCGGGCGCUACUCGUUCAGCAAGCAGCCUGAGGUAUGCAAGUGGAACCUGCAGAAGCUGGCCGAGGCCCUGGUGCCCGAGCUGCCCCUCGAGCUGGGCGAGGCCAUCCUGGCCGAGGAGUACGACGCCGAGUUCCACAGGCACUACCUGCACAAGAUGCGCAGGAAGCUGGGGCUUGUGCAGGCCGAGCGGGAGGGCGACGCAGCACUGGUAGCCAAGCUCCUAGAGACCAUGCAGCUGACCGGUGCCGACUUCACAAACACCUUCUACCUGCUGAGCUCCUUCCCAGUGGAGCCGGAGUCUCCAGGCCUGGCCGAGUUCCUGACCGCACUGACUGAACAGUGUGCCUCCCUGGAGGAGCUGAGGCUUGCCUUCCGACCCCAGAUGGAUCCCCGGCAGCUCUCCAUGAUGCUGGUGCUGGCACAGUCAAACCCACAGCUCUUCGCACUCAUUGGCACCCGGGCGAGCAUCACAAAGGAGCUGGAGCGCGUGGAGCAGCAGUCGCGGCUGGAGCAGCUGAGCCCGGCCGAGCUGCUAAGCAGGAACAGGGGUCACUGGACAGACUGGCUCCAGGAGUACAGGACCAGGCUGGAGGAGGACAGGAAGGGUGCCGCUGACGACAGCGCCUGGCAGGCUGAGCGCACACGGGUCAUGCAGGCCAACAACCCUAAAUAUGUCCUGCGGAACUACAUCGCACAGAACGCCAUUGAGGCUGCUGAGAAUGGAGACUUCUCAGAGGUGCAGCGCGUGCUGAAGCUGCUGGAGGCUCCAUACCACAGGGAAGGGGAGGCCACCGAGGUCCCGGAGGCCACUGAGCCUGAGGGGGCCAGCAGGGCAGCAGACAGGCGACACUCCUACAGCAGCAAGCCCCCGCUCUGGGCAGCGGAACUGUGUGUGACGUGAUCCUCGUAACCGCCUUGGAGGCUUCCACACUGGGAGGCC